AUCUUUAGACAGAGAGAGAGAGAGAGAGAGAGAGAGCGCUCAGUCCUCGAAACAGAGAAAACAGAGAGCACAGAAGUAGAAGGUAAUGGAGGGCAAAGAAGAAGACGUGAGAGAGGGAGCCAACAAGUUCCCGGAGAGGCAGCCCAUUGGGACGUCCGCGCAGACGUACAAGGACUACAAGGAGCCACCCCCUGCACCGUUGUUUGAGCCCGGGGAGCUUUCGUCAUGGUCCUUCUACAGGGCUGGGAUUGCAGAGUUCAUGGCCACUUUCUUGUUCCUCUACAUCACCAUCCUCACCGUCAUGGGCGUCGUCAAGAGCCCCUCCAAGUGCACCACCGUGGGCAUCCAGGGCAUUGCCUGGGCCUUCGGGGGCAUGAUCUUCGCCCUCGUCUACUGCACUGCUGGUAUCUCUGGUGGACACAUCAACCCUGCAGUGACCUUUGGGCUGUUCCUGGCCAGGAAGCUGUCCCUGACCAGGGCAGUGUUCUACAUGAUCAUGCAGUGCCUUGGGGCCAUCUGUGGUGCUGGGGUGGUGAAGGGCUUCAUGGGCCACAGGCAGUAUGAGCUUCUGGGUGGUGGCGCCAACUUUGUGAGCCCUGGCUACACCAAGGGUGAUGGCCUCGGUGCCGAAAUUGUGGGCACUUUUGUCCUGGUCUACACUGUGUUCUCUGCCACUGAUGCCAAGAGGAGUGCCAGAGACUCUCAUGUCCCUAUCUUGGCUCCUCUUCCAAUUGGAUUUGCAGUGUUCUUGGUUCAUUUGGCCACGAUCCCCAUCACUGGAACCGGCAUUAACCCGGCAAGGAGUCUUGGAGCCGCCAUCAUCUUCGACAAGGACCAUGCCUGGGAUGACCAAUGGAUCUUCUGGGUUGGACCAUUCAUUGGAGCUGCACUAGCUGCUGUCUACCACCAGAUAAUCAUCAGAGCAAUCCCCUUCAAAGCCAGGACCUGAAGCGCUCAUUAGCAUCUUUUGCUUCUCUCUCCUUUCACUUGAGGCUUUGUUUUCUCUAAUGUUUGGACUCUUUUCAAUCUUUAUGAUGUAAAUUAUCAAAUUAUGAUGGCACGACGAGUUUGUGAAUGCUUCCUUAUGAAUGGACUAUCCUCUUCUUUUCC